AUGUUUACUCUGAUAGGUAAAGCCGGCUAGAGUUGAAGUUCGUUGUGGACACGUGUCAAGAUCUGAUUAAGUCACAGAGAGGCCUUAGGUAAAAUUGGGUGUAGAAGAUUUUGAAGUCAUAAUAAUAACAAGGAUAGCAUCGAGUGAGUGAGUCCACCUACUCCUCCGCUCUCUGGCAAAUAAUUUCCUCCUACUCCUUUGACUAUGGAGAAGAAGAGUUUCUUGGAGAGAGAAGGGAGAGUGCAGCUUCUGGUUUUGCUCUUUUGCUUCCAAAUUUCCAAUGCUUAUGAUUUAGGCAGCAGCACAGGUCCAUUCUGAGUUUCCCAUUUCACGGCGAAGCUUGGAAGGAGCUUCAUUUCGUUCACUCUCCCUUUUCGGAAAACAUAAAUUCUACAUCGGAGAAAGAGAAGAUACAGGCCUUGGUCAAUAUGGGGUACACAAUGGAGGAGGCCUCAAUAGCAAUUGAAAGAUGUGAUGUCUAUGAAGAAGAAGAGUUCUUGGAGAGAGAGAGAAUGGAGAGUGCAGCUUCUGGUUUCGCUCUUUUGCUUCCAAAUUUCCAAUGCUUAUGAUUUAGACAGCAGCACAGAUCCAUUCUGAAUUUCCCAUUUCACGACGAAGCUUGGAAGGAGCUGGAGUUGGAGCUUCAUUUCAUUCACUCUCCCUUUUUGGUUUGUUUCUUCUUCUUCUUCUUCUCACUUAGUGCUGCCUGCUAAGUGCUUGGAGUUGGCAUUACCAAGGAAAAUUUGGCUGCUGGAUGCUGGCUGCUCAAGGAGUAAUGCAGACAAUCUGUUUGAGUUCGAUGCUAUUGUUGUUGGUACUAGCAGUAACUUCAUCGGGAGGAGGAGGACAGUCAGAUUUGGGAGCACUCUUAGACCUCCGGAAAGGCAUUCACAAGGACCCUUCGGGGAAACUUCUUGUUUCGUGGGAUUCUAACUCCUUGGACUCUGAUGGAUGCCCCUUGAAUUGGUUUGGGGUAACAUGUAGUAAUGGUCGCGUCAUCUCAAUUGCUAUCAAUGAUGUUGGUUUGGUCGGUGACUUCAGUUUUUCAGCCAUUACUGGCCUUACAAUGCUUCAAAACUUGUCGCUUUCAAACAACCAGCUCACAGGGACCAUCUCAAAGGUUGCUUUAUUUCAGUCUCUUGAAUACUUGGAUCUCUCAAGCAAUUUGUUUCAUGGGCUAUUACCCUCCGAUUUGGUCAACUUAAAGGGUCUAGUGCUUUUGAAUCUUUCUUCGAACCAAUUUGAAGGCAUUUUGCCCUCUAGUUUUGGCAAACUUGAACAGUUGAAGUUUAUUGAUUUUCGAGCUAAUGGCUUUUCUGGAGACAUUAUGAAUUUUCUAUCCAAAAUGGGUAGCGUGGUCCAUCUUGAUGUAAGCAGCAAUCUGUUAUCUGGUUCAUUAGAUUUGGGACUUGGUAACUCCUCUUUUGUUUCUUCUAUUCAGUACUUGAACGUUAGCCACAAUUACUUGGUUGGAGAGCUUUUUCCUCACGAUGGAAUGCCAUAUUUUGAUAGUUUGGAGGUGUUUGAUGCUAGUUAUAAUCAGUUAGUGGGUCCUAUACCUUCCUUCAAUUUUGUUGUCUCUCUACGAGUACUUCGGCUUGGAAACAACCAGCUAUCAGGUUCUCUACCGGAAGCUCUAUUGCAAGAGAGCUCAAUGCUCUUGUCAGAACUGGAUCUUAGUCAUAACAAACUUGAAGGUCCGGUAGGAAGCAUCACCUCUGCAACUCUGAAGAAGUUUAAUAUUUCUUCAAACAAACUGUCAGGCUCCUUACCUGCCAUGGUUGGGCAUUGUUCUGUCAUAGAUCUGAGUAAUAAUAUGCUCACAGGUAACUUGUCCCGAAUCCGAGGUUGGGGAAAUUACAUUGAAGUUAUCGAGCUAAGUUCCAAUUCAUUGACAGGAAGUCUGCCUAAUGAAACGUCUCAAUUUUUUAGGCUAACUUCAUUUAAGAUAUCCAAGAACUCAUUAGAAGGCAUUCUUCCGACAGUAUUGGGAACAUACCCAGAAUUAAAUGUGAUUGAUCUUAGCCUCAACCACCUACAAGGCUUACUUCUUCCAAGCCUCUUCUCUUCAACAAAAUUGACUGAUCUUAACUUAUCGGGCAACAAUCUGUCUGGGUCAAUACCCAUCCAGGACAUAUCAAGUGAUUCUUCAAGUGGUUCGGCUCAAAAUUUGAGCCUGGUGUCUAUAGAUCUGUCAAACAACUCAUUGGCUGGUCAUUUGCCCCCAGAGAUCAGUAAGUUCUGUAACUUAAUGUAUCUCGAUCUAUCUAUUAACAACUUUGAAGGUAGCAUUCCUGAGGACCUUCCAGAUGUCCUGAAAGAGUUCAAUGUUUCUUUCAAUCAUCUUUCUGGCGUCAUACCUGAAAACUUGCGGCAGUUCCCUGAUUCCGCAUUUUAUCCAGGGAACUCAUUGCUGAUUUUUCCUCGUUCUGCAUCUUCACCGAAGGAUGUCCCAAACAUGACUUUUAGGGAACACAGGCCCCUUAUGAAAGCAGCUAUUAGGAUCUCCCUCAUUGCAGGUUUGGUUGGUGGAGCUGCUGUUUUAGUUCUUUUAUGCCUUAUGAUCCAUUACAGGUCCCACUGGCAGAGAUGUAGAAGGGGCAGUUCAAAAGCAAGUUCUGGAAAGAAAGAUGCUGUGCAAGGAGGUUCUGCCCUUUCUCAUCGUCAUCGAUCAGCACCAGACAAAAACGUAGACUGCUCAAAAUCUUCUUGUGAUCUCCUUCCAAAGCUUUCACCAUCAACCCAAAUGGGGUCUGCUCAUGAUGCCCGUGACACUUUGUCAGUUGUAAAGAAUCCUAAGAAUUUGGGUCAUCCUGAAUCACAAGAAAGGGGUGAAGGGACAUCUUCUCCUAUGUCUCUCUUAUCAUCGUCGAAUCCAUCACCCUCUAAAAAGCAACAGCCACCAGAGAGUCCUGCUGUGCUCACGGCUUAUUCUCCAGAUAAAUUGGCUGGAUAUUUGCAUCUGUUUGAUGGCUCCUUGGCCUUCACAGCAGAAGAACUUUCCUGUGCUCCAGCAGAAGCUAUUGGAAGGAGUUGUCAUGGGACAAUGUACAAAGCAAUGCUCGACUCCGGUCAUGUAUUGGCUGUCAAAUGGCUACGGGAGGGAAUAGCAAAAGGAAGGAAAGAAUUUGCAAGAGAAGUGAAGAAACUAGGAAACAUCAGGCACCCGAAUCUUGUUUCUCUGCUGGGUUAUUACUGGGGCCCUAAAGAACAUGAGAAACUGAUUAUAUCAACUUAUAUCAAUGCACAAUCGUUGGCAUUCCAUCUCCAUGAGGCAGAGCGAACAAAACUCUCUCCUCUGUCACUUGAGGAACGGCUUAGGAUUUCUGUAGAUGUUGCCCGAUGUCUGAACUUCCUGCAUAAUGAGAAGGCAAUUCCCCAUGGCAACCUCAAAUCCACGAAUAUUUUAUUAGAAACUCCUAGUCUGAAUGCACUCCUUACAGAUUAUAGUCUCCACCGAAUUUUGACUCCCGCUGGGACUACUGAGCAAGUCUUGAAUGCAGGUGCUCUUGGCUAUCGCCCCCCUGAAUUUGCUAGCUCAAGUAAGCCCUGCCCAUCGUUGAAAAGUGAUGUCUAUGCAUUUGGGGUGAUCUUGUUGGAGCUCCUGACUGGAAAGAGUUCUGGGGAGAUUGUCUCUGGGAUACCGGGUGUGGUUGAUCUGACAGACUGGGUGAGACUGUUGGCAGAAGAAAACCGUUGUUUUGAAUGCCUUGACAGACUGAUUCUGGAAAGGCUGAGCGUAAAGAACUCCCCAACAGUUCUUGAUGGUAUGCUACAGGUAGCUCUAAGAUGUAUUCAUCCAGCAUCCGAAAGACCCGACAUUAAAACUGUGUUCGAAGACAUUUCAAGAAUAGUGAACUAAUGGGGCGCUCCGGCUGGAUAAAUGCUCUUAACUGUAGAGUUCUUGAUACUAACACCGUAUGUCGAUUAUUUCUUUCUUUAUUUUCUAAUUGUUUUUGUCAAAAUGGUCCUGUAAUUGACAAUGCCUAGUUACAGUUUAUAGAGAAAUAAGUUCCUUAUUGAUGUGUUAUGAAUAAAUUUCACAAAACCUACUCUUGGGUGUAACCGAUGAUUUAUUCCCCGCUCUCUCUCACAUUGAUUCCAAUAUGUUUCAAGUACAUUAUAUCCA